CAAAAAUUGGAAUUAGCCGGAUCAAGCGAGUGUCCUAAUUAUAAAUAUUGUAUUUGAGUCCUAUCGAACACCUGAGUUACGAGAGAGAAAAAUCAGAAUGUAUCCCCCUAAAUGCCAGCCAGUGAACGAUGGUCAAGCUCCAACAGACAACAGCCAGCUACUAAAUUGUAGGCCUACCGCCUCCCGUGACGUGAACAACAAUCGUGACAUGGAAGAUGAUGGCUCCUAUUACCCCGAUGAUUUUACUCAAGUACUAGACGAUGAAGGUCUUCUUAAAUACAGCAACCCUAUCUCAAAGACACCCGUUCUAACUGUAUGUUACGGUUUUUUAAACUCAGAACUUUUAGCACUGCGAAUGUCCUACCGAGAAGAAAAAAAGUACUGGGAAAGCUUUCAGGACUGGGACGAUGAUAAGAAAGAGAACUACGUCGGCUUGUUUACGGGCAAGUAUCUGAUGCAGCCCUUGAUUGAUGGACUACCUGAGUCGGUAUGGCUGGAGUGUGUCGAGCCAACGCUGUCUAUCCUCAAAGCACUCAAUUCACUCAAGCGACGCAAGUCUAACCUCAGCAUGAGAAAAUCAUCCAUGUCGACAGUCGACAGUAAUGCAUCAUGCCAUGGUGAUUAUGAGACUGCUCCUCUUUUGUUUAAUCCAUUCAUACAUGGACACCAGAUGAGACUGAUGAGGGUGCAAUUUUUGGCAUUGGAAGGUGUGUUCAAUGCUCAGUAUGGGAAUAAUCAGGAUAAUUUUUAUGAACUCCCCACUGGAGGUUACCAAAAUCCACCUGUGCUUCGAAACAAUAUAGUCCAGAGAAGGAGAGGUUUUAGACGAUUUAAUCCCUAUGAUAGAGCAAUGCAAUACCAAGACAUGCAUCACACUAGAAACAACUUGGAUAACAACCUAACAGGGAGGUCUAGGACUCGCAAUUUAAGAAGUCACAUGGCUGAAUUUAGAGGAAUAUAAAGAAGUCUGAAGGGUAAAUAUUCACUUUUCUUUAAAAAGGCAAACUAAAGAAAUAUUGAAAAAUAAAAUUUUUAAUCAAAUUG